GUCAGCGCGAGAUAUCAUAACGUCAACAAAAAUGGCCGCUUGUGACAACAUACAUGUAAUCUGUGGCCAAACCCAUGACAAUUUUUAAAGAGCCGAUCUCAUGACCACAAAGCUAAAAAUUUUCAGCCUUCCAAAUUGAAGGUAGAUACUACACUCCAUGCUCAAAGUGUAGCUGUCUAGCAUCAUGAGCUGGUGGGAUGCCAAGGGCUUUACAUCACUGGCCUCACAGGCCCUCAAAACAGCACAGAAAAAAAUUGACAAGGUAUUAGAUAUAGAAGAAGACAAAGCUACAAAAAAUGAAAGCAAAGAAUCUGUACCACUAAAGGAAGAGGGGAGUAAUUCUUGGAACUCAUGGAAUUCAUGGUUACCAUACAGAUCAUCAUCUGGUGAUGAGAAGGUUGAGGUUAAAGAAGAUGCAGCUGAGAGCACUGAAGCUUCAUCAUGGAGUACACCAUGGGACACUCAGGAGCCACAGUUGUCUUUGAAAAAGUCUCAGUCUGCCUCAGUCAGUGCAAAAAUGGAUGGGGUACUUGGAAACUCAAGUGUUCUCUCCACGCUUCCUUUCAAGUCUGUAAGUGCACCAAGGAAAUCUGUGCCUAAAAGAAAGAAGGCAGAUUCAGCAUCAAAAGAUAAGACUGUUGAAGAUGCAGAGCAACUGUCUGUUAAGGAAUUCAGAGUGGACACUGAUACUCUUCCAUUAAAGAGCACUAUAGAAGAUUCUGUGAAUGAAUCUGCUGAAUCAUCAUCUGUUCCUUCAGACUUAAUGCUUCAAGAAGCAAAUAGCUCAAAAUCUGAUGAACAGCAUGGGAAGAAAUGUGAAGUGGAAAGGGCGGCAGCUGAUGCUCUUUCAAACAUUCAUGAAUAUAAAAAUAAAUAUGAGACUGCAUCUUUAACUGUCCAUGACAGUACAGAUCAUCAAAGUCAGGCUCUCUUAGAGACUCAUAUAAUGGAAACUCCAACUCAGAAUAUUGAAGAUUUUUCAGGAACAAGCAUUGGAGUAAAUUGGGAUAAGAAAGCUAGCCCUCAGUUUUCUGAGGAAUCCUUUUUAGAAUCAGGCAUUCGAGAAGGCCAGGAUGAGAAAGGAGUUCAAUUGGAACAGUCCAAUAAUGUCCAUUGGAAAGAAACAUUAGUUCUAAAUGAAGUGCCAAUAAAUCGUGAAAUGGAUGUAGAAAGGCAAGAUGCUGAGAACAGAAAACCUGUCAGUCAGGAAGAAUCACAAGAACAGAAUAUAAAAGUAGAAACCUCUGUUAUAGAAGUUGUGUCCAGUACCAUGCUAGAAGUUGAUGCCCUUCAAACAUCUGCAGAAACUCGUAUCUUAGACAGCAAUCAUGAGCCACAGACAGAUGUCAGUGUGGUUGCCAAAUCUCGAGAAGAAACAGAAGAAACUAUGUUAAUAAUCAGCAGAGACUCUAGUAAAGAUGCUUUGGAGAGUUUUGACAUGAUGAUCCCUUUAUCAGACUGUGCACCUGAAGUGUGUGGUGAAAGCAGCUGCUCUAAUGUAGCACUUGUUGAGGACAUGAAGGCUGUGGCGACAUCCAUCACAAGUUCAUCUUCAGAAGCAGUCCUUUUGUCCCUGUCCUCAGAAGAAGCAAGUCUUACACAGGCUGAAUAUAAUUUUCCAGAUGUGGAUGUUUUCAGCCCCCAAAGCCACAGUUCACUUGUGCAAGAAGAGGGAGAAGAGAAGAGUCCACUUUUUGAUGUUUUCAGCCCCUCAAGCCAGAGUUCACUUGUGCAAGAGGAGGAUGAAGAGAAAAGUCCUCCUUUUGAUUCAUCUGUUGUCCUUGAGAAGCUCCCUGCUGGGGGUCCUCAGGUAGACUCGACAACUACAGUCAGCAGCAAUGACUCUUCCGAGGCUAGUCGACUAGACAGUAGCAUGGACACGGUGGUGGAUAAGGGGCAGCUGCAGACAGAAUUUGAAGAAGAAAUAUGUGAUGAGGCUGAUAGUGAACAGUGGCUAGGGGUAGAACAUCCAGUCAGUGGAUUGCUGGCUGACGCAGAUUCUUCAUCUCCAAGUGCAUCAUUUGUUAAGUGCCUCAUUGAGGAAGCGAUGGAAGAAGGUGCUAGAGUGGAGGAUUCAAGCAGUGACAAUCACUCUGAAGAGAAAUCAGAGAGCUCCAAAAUUGAUUCUGAGCUGGAAAAAAGUACUCACAGUGGCCUUGAAUCAAGUGAUGAAAUAGAGACCACUACAUCUUCAGAUAUUGAGAUUAUCUCAACUCCUACUCCCAAUGGAGAGAAAAACAUUGUGGAUCUGUCACCUUUAAAGUUCUCCUUACAGAAAGCUGCAAGUAGCAGGAGUCAUGUUCUGGGUCAUCAGCGAUCUGACAGUCAGUCAAGCUCCAGCACGCACAGUAAAGGAGAUGAUCAAUUGUCUCCUGAGCGUGAUUCUGAUCAAGAGAGACAUGUCUGGCAGCGAGAGGGUAAGACCCAGCAUCACACUGGUGCUGCCACUGGCAACGAUGACCUAGAUAAUCCACAACACCCGCAGCGACUGCUUAAGACCUGUAUAAAUCAACAGGAGAAAGAUAUUGUGAAGAAGUUGGCAGAAAUGGCUGAGAUUUUACAGGCACGAGAGACCAAGUUGGUCCAGCUCAGCAGGGACAAUAAUGAUCUAUUGGAGACGAAUAGCAUUCUGCGCAGUCAGCUGCAACAGCUUGAAGAAGCAAGAGAGGCAGAAAUGACAGACCUUCACACACUAACUGAGGAAUUUUCACGCAGGAUGGGGGACGCAGAGCGCAGGCUACAGAAUGUCCUAAAAGAAAAAGAAAUAUUGAAACAGCAGCUGCAGGUGGCAGAACAACAGCUGGCAAAAAGGGCUGGAGAUGUCAAACUUCAAGACAUACUUGUGGAGAAAGAUGAACAGAUAGCUGGUCUCAUGGAGGAAGGAGAAAAAUUGUCCAAGCAGCAACUACAGAAUAGCAACAUUAUCAAAAAGCUUCGAGUGAAAGAAAAGGAAAAUGAAACUACCAUUGCAACACAGAAAAAGAAGAUAGAUCAACAAGCUGAUGAACUGGAGCACUUGAAGAAUGUUUUGGACUCAAAGGAUGAAAUGGAAAAGAAGCAGACAGAUGCUAUCAAACUGCUUAAUUCUGCAGUGCAGAUGCUAGAAAAGGAAAAGGCAAAACUCUCUGCAGAGAUAGAAUCAGCAAAUGAGAAAAUAAGGGGAUUUCAGGCAACUUUGGACAAUUCCUACAAGGAGAUCGCAGAGCUGCAUAAGAGUAAUGCAGCACAGGACAGCAAGGCACAGGCAGCUGCAUUGAGUGCAGAGAUGCAGGUACGGGAGGAACUCAAGAUGGCCAUGGAGCAAGAGCAGCAGCGCUUCAAGCACCAGCGAGAUACACUCAUCAUGCAGAUUGAGGAUUUACAGUUGUCCAUGACACGUAUGGAAAAGGAGCAUAAUAGAAGGGAAGAACUGCUCAAACAAGAGAUUGCUGACCUGCAGAUGCGUUUACAAGAGGAUGAGAGUCGAAACCAGGAUUUGACUCAGAGUGUCACAUCUGCCACUCGCCCCCUUCUACGUCAGAUUGAAAAUCUGCGGGCAACCCAUAGUAUACAAGCAUCAUCGUGGGAAAUGGUGGAGAAAAAUCUUACGGACAGACUCAGUGAAGCUCAGACAUUGUUGGCUUUGGCACAGGAGAGAGAAAGGGCAGCGACUGAAAAGCUGGCAGAAAUGACUAGCCGUUGUGUGGCACUGGAGGCAACAAAUGCACAACUUCGACAUGAUAAAGCUCAGCUGCUUACUCAUCAGGAAAGUGAUCGGCGACGCAUUGACACACUUGAGGAGCGGAAAGCCAGUGAUAUAGCACAGCUGGAACUUGCAAAGCAGAAGCUUUUUGAAGAAGUUGCUGCAUUAAAGAAAGAUCAGGUGUUCCUAGAGUCUCAGCUGGAAAUCGAGCGCAGCCGCUUAGAAGCAGAGCGCCAGAGAGUUGCUGUGGCUGAAGAACAGAUACGCAUGCUAGAAAGGGAGAGACCACGUUCUAGAGGUUCACCCUCUCCUGUAUCUGUGUCACGACAGGAAAGCAUGAACAACAGUUUCAGUGAGCAUACAUCAACUCCCAUUUGGUCUUUGCAAAGAUCAAUGCAGGAUGAGUUUGAGACAAAUCUUACAACACCACCUGGCCCCAAAGUCAGUGUGUACGAGAGCCUGAGGCAGUCUGGAGCAGCUGCCAUUAUGGAAAAUUUGCAAGCACAGUUAAAAUUACGAGAGGGGGAAAUUGCUCAGCUCCAGGCAGAUAUCCAGCAGUUAGAGCGCACCCGUGAAUCUAUGGCCCGGGAACUUGUCAGCUUGACCAAUCGAAAUGAGGAAUUGCAAGAACAUGUGCUAGAGUUGCCUAUAUUGGAGAACAAAUACAAGGAACUGGAUGCACGGUAUAAUGCACUAUUGCAAAUGUAUGGAGAGAAGGAAGAGCAGGUACAAGAACUGAAGUUGGAUCUCCAAGAUGUCAAAGAUAUGUACAAGUCUCAGAUUAAUGCUCUGAUGCCAAAAUAAAGUCUUUCAAGUGGUUUGUGAUUCUUGUCAGCAUGGCGAACUUCGAUACGAGAAAGCAACAUUAUGCUCAGCAGAGGGUAUUUUAGCUUCUGGCUACUUGUUGAAGGAAAAUCAACCAACAUGGUGGUGUUAUAUUUUUAUAAUGGUGUAAUAUUUUCGUUUUGCACAUCAAAAUACCACAAAUUUGUAGGGCAAAAGACAAGAACUGCUGUAAAUAGAAAAGAACAUGGUUGCACAAUUAAUUUUGCCUUUUGAGGGAAACUUGUUCAGGUGAUAUAUAUCAUCACCCACCACUUGGCAGUGGAGGUGGCCAACAUUAGUCAUUAACUGAAUGUAGUGGGUGAUAAGAAUUGACAUGAUUGUGAAUUAUAGCUUCCAGGUUUUAAGGGACCAGUUAGGGUUGGGUUAAUAUGCAUCCUGUUUGUGCACAUAGUUUUUACUCCCACUAACAUGCUUGGGAAGAAGCUGACUGUAUCUGUUCUUAGUGGGCACAAGUUAUACCAGAAGAACAAGAUCUAGUUGGAUAAAUAAGGGGUUCCAUACAAAAAUCUUCAUUAGUUAACACCAGACGUUGCACCCAUUUUUUGCUUCUCUGACCAACCUUGUUUUAUCACCUUACCCAGUAAAGGGUUAGCAAGAUCAACAGCCUCUAGUUAGAUCAGUAUUUUCUCUUUUUUUUUGUUGGGGGUUGUAGUUCAGCUCUGCAUGGAUUUUCAGUCCAUGACAGGAAAAAAAAAAAAUCAUCAUCCAUUAGAGUUGAUAAAUGCUUACAUCCCCCACCACUUUCUUCCUUUACAAUUAAUUUCUUAAUACAGCCUUUUAAACCUUGUGAGAACUGUUUUUGGGAGGUCUCUGGCAGUGGGUUCCCACAUGAAAUCUAUUGCUGAUGAAAGGACAAUUUUCACCAGUAGUUUAGUUGCCUUAAUAGCAUUUAUACUGUGUAUAUUCCAGGUACACUGUGGGCAUGAUUAUGACAUUCUGUGAUACAAAUUGCUGCUUGGCUUGUCUGUGGAUGUGUAUCUGAGGUGUGGUUGUAGCAUAAUUUUUGUGGUCAGAAAUCUUUUUGAGAUGAAAGUGCCAAUAAUGCAUGCACAUGCUAGCCAGUUUGUAUGUUAUGUGGGCUUUAAAAAAUAAAAUACAGUUUACUUAA